CAUCUAGCAAAGACCAACGCCGCUGCCCUUUCCCCAUCGCGGCUGCUGGACCCGACGCCGCCGCCACUGCCCUUUCCCCAUCGCGCCUGCUGGACCCGACGCCGCCGCCCUUUCCCAUUGCUCCCGCUGGAGCCCAACGCCGCAGGCUGUAGCCCCACCCUGUCCCCAACGUAGCGCCCGGCUGUUGGAGCUCGACGCCGUCGCCCUUCGCCCAACGCGGCUUCUGGAGCCCGGCACCGCCGGCUGGAUCCCAAGCCCCACCCCAUCCCCAGGAGCUCGAUGCCAGCUUGCUGCAGCUCCAGGACGCCGGGCUUCAUGGGCACAACUGCUGGGAACGCCCCCAAGAGCCCGACGCCGACGACAGUAGCCCGCCCCCGCCUCUAGGAUCUCGACGGCUGGGCCGGCUGGCUGCAGAUCCUGGCCGCUGGGCUUCACGGGCUCAACCGCUAGGAAGCCCCCAAGAGCUCUAGCCUGGGAUCACUGCCGACGGCGGGUGAGGUCGACCAGAGACUGCCCCAUCCCCUUCAAUUAGGAAGGAAAGAUGGAAAGAACUUGGAUGAAUUGUAAGUUGUUUAGCAAGGAGCAUCGGGAGGGGGUCACUGAGUUCAUGGACUUUGUUUGUAAAAAUUUGAGUGGCAGUCAGAAGAUAUUAUGCCCAUGUCGUAAGUGUUUGAAUCGGUUACAUCAAUAUAAAGGACGUGUGGAGGAUGACUUACUUAUGUACGGGAUGUCUAACACAUACACUCGGUGGAUACAUCAUGGAGAACCAUUGGUCAUUGUCACUGGAAAUGUUGAGCAUUUGAAUGAAGAUAUUGGCUGCAAUGUUGAGCAUUUGAAUGAAGAUGUUAGCUGCAAUGUUGAAUUUGAGACGAAUGAGCCUCCGGAUGACCCAGAAGAUGAUCAAAUGUACCGUAUGGUACAGGAUCUGUACCCAGAUCAAAAUCAUGGACCAAGAACAAAGUCAAAGUUUGCCACCAUAUUAGAAGAGAUGAAACAGGUGCUACACCCCGGUGGUCCCUAUACUAGGUUUUCUUUUGUGGUGAAGUUGCUCCACAUCAAGUCAUUUUACAGAAUCAGCAAUGUUGCAUUCAGUGCUUUUUUUGACCUUUUAAGUUCAGCAUUUCCAAAUUGUUCUCUCCCUGCAUCCUAUGCUGAAGCGAAGAAUUUUAUUCGUGCAUUAGGACUUGGAUAUGAGUCAAUACAUGUGUGUCCGAAUAACUGUGUUCUUUUCCGAAAGGAGUUGGCUAAAAAGGAUGCAUGCCCAAUAUGUGGUGCUUCAAGAUGGAAGGAUGCAGAUAGCCGAAGGAAGAUUCCAGAAAAGGUUCUAAGGCAUUUUCCUUUGAUUCCAAGGUUGAAGAGGAUGUUUGGAUCGAAAGAACUUUCAGCUGAGGCACAAUGGCACAAGUUGAAGAGGAAACCAGUGGACAAUGAGCUUAGCCAUCCUGCUGAUGGUGAGGCAUGGAAAGAUUUUGAUAGAAAGUAUGAAUGGUUUGCAAAUGAUGCACGGAAUGUCCGACUUGGCCUCGCUACUGAUGGGUUUAAUCCAUUUGGGAAGAUGAGCUCCUCAUAUAGCAUGUGGCCAGUAUUUCUUAUCCCUUACAACUUUCCUCCGUGGCAAUGUAUGGAGCAAUCCAACUUCAUGAUGUGCCUACUUAUUCUUGGUCCGACAUGCCCUGGAAAGGAUAUGGAUCUCUUCCUGCAGCCACUGGUUGAAGAAUUGUUAAAUCUUUGGAGUGGUGUCCCUACUUUGGAUGCAUUGACCGGCAAAGAAUUUGAUCUUCACGCUGCAAUCAUAUGGUGCAUUCAUGAUUAUCCAGCAUUGAGCACACUUUCAGGUAGAGUAACUAGAGGCUACUAUGCUUGCGUUUGUUGUGAUAAAAAUCCUUGCUACAAAAGACUUAGGAACAAGAUUUGCUACAUUGGCCAUCGCCGUUUUCUUCCAGUGGACCAUAUUUGGAGGAGAAAGAAAGAUUUUAAUGGUCAGACUGAAGAACGUGCGCAACCGGAAGAAUUUACUCAGGAUGAGUUGAUGCAGCAAUUGGCGAGGGUGGAACAUGUAAGACCUGGGAACCAUCCUAAUAACAAAAAGAGAAAGAGGGUAGAAGAAGGUCAAUGCUGGAAGCGCAGGUCGACUCUGUGGGAUUUGCCAUAUUGGUCUAAUUUAAAGCUACGACACAAUCUUGAUGUUAUGCAUAUCGAGAAAAAUAUAUGUGAGGCCCUUCUUGGUACAUUUCUCGACAUCGCAGGCAAGUCAAAGGACUCUGUUACUGCGAGGCUCGAUUUAGAAGAUAUGGGCAUAAGGAAAAAUUUACACUUGAAGGAUGAUGGGAAUUCAACAUGCACUGCUCCACAUGCUCCAUAUGUGAUGACUAAAGCCCAGAGAAAAGCUUUCUGUGCUUUCAUAAAAAAUGUCAAAUUCCCAGAUGGAUAUGCCUCCAACUUAGCAAGGUGUGUUAGUGUUGAUGAAUGCAAAGUACAGGCAUUGAAAACUCACGACUGUCAUAUCCUUCUGCAAAGGAUAUUACCAGCCGGUCUCCGAGGAAUCAUGCAUAAGGAAAUAUAUGAAACAAUUGCUGAAUUAGGUAACUUUUUCCAGCAAAUUUGUGCUAAGAAAUUGAAGUUAGAUGCUUUGAACAAGAUGAGAGGUGAAAUCCCAAUAAUAUUGUGCAAGCUUGAGAAGAUUUUCCCGCCUGCCUUUUUUGAUGUGAUGGUGCACUUAUGCAUUCAUUUAAUUGAUGAUGCAAUCCUAAGAGGUCCUGUUCAAUAUGGAUGGAUGUACCCUGUAGAGCGUAGGUUGCUGACCUUGAAACGCUUUGUAAGGAACAUGGCAAGGCCUGAGGGCUCCAUUGCAGAGGCAUAUGUCGCAAAUGAGUGCUUGACUGCUUGCUCAAGGUAUUUUGCUGAUGUUGACACUAGGCACAAUCGUGAGGGUAGGAACAAAGAGCGUGUUCCUAUGAGUAGAUGUGGUUUAUCUAUUUUCCAGCAUGGAGCAAAUCUGUUGGGGGCACCAAGGCUUACAUAUGAGUAGAAGGAGUAUGAUAGGAUGGUUUGGUAUGUCCUCAACAAUACUAAGGAGGUCGAGCCAUUUAUAGAGAUUUACAUGAAGGAUUUACAAACUGCUGGCAGUCAUGAUGUUGAGGGGAACCUUGCUAAGGAAUUUCCAGGAUGGUUUAGGAAACAUUCUGAUAGGAUGAUUGUUGUUGCGUAUUGGUGAUGGAGAUUCCCAGUCCAGCGUCCUUGUUCAUCUGUGGGGUGUUGUCAGGCUGUGUGGCUACAUCCACAUAGCAUUUUGUUCCUGUCAAAAGAGCUGGUAGGGCUAUGGUGCUGUGUGGAGUUUCAUGCACAUGCUAGUGCAAUAGUUGGAGGAAGCUGCAGUUUUCAGUGAUGACCAUCACACGAGGAAAUACGCUUGCUACUCGGAGGUUUGUGAAUGGAGAACAAAUCGAUGAAGACCUAUAUGCAUUGGCAAGUCUACCACUUCUUAGAGUUCGUAUAUUUUCAGGAUGUAUUGUUGAUGGUGUCCGAUAUCACACCGUGGAACGUGAGAGCAGUAGAAGAACACAAAACAGUGGAGUUAUGGUUGAGGGCACACAUAAUGGAGAAGAUAUAGACUUUUAUGGUCAGCUAAAAGAAGUAAUACAGUUGCAGUACAACUCUGACGCUGACAGUCAAAGGACAGUGGUGUUAUUCAAGUGUGAUUGGUUUGAUACCUGUAGCAAAAAGUCUAGGAUGAAGAAUGAUGGAUAUUUCAAAAGCAUCAGCCAUGGAAGUUGUUGGUACAAGGAUGAUGCUUUCAUUCUUGCCACACAGGCAACAAAGGUUUUCUACUUGGAUGAUAACAAGCAUGGUGAACCCUGGAAAGUUGUUCAAAAAUUUUCGCAUCGGCACUUGUGGAAUGUGAAUGAGGAGGAAAAUGAUGACAGGCAAGAGGGAGGGGUUGAUCUGACAUACCAAGAUGAUGAGCAGGAAAUAUCUCGAGUUGAAACCAUGGAAGGAUCUCUGGUCGACAAACAACCAGUCAACGAAGAUGGUAUAAGUGUACCAAAGUCCCUAGUUGAUCAGAUUCGCAGGCAACGGGAUCUGGAAGUUGAAGAAGAUGACCUGUACAAUGAUGAUGACGAUGAUGAUACCUUAGGGCAGUAUGAUAGUGAAAAUGAAUGUACAAUUAUGAUCCCUAAUGAUGAUGGUGAGUAUAGUGAUGUCGAGUAAUUGAGAUAUGUGAAUCUGAGUUGUGAUGAAAUUGUUGUUUUUAAACAGCUCCUAAUGUGUUAGCCGUGAAAUAAUUAUGAAUUGUGAACUCAAUUGUGUAAACUCCUUAAUUGAGAUAUGCGAAUUCCAGCUGUUCUUGGUGCCUGGAAUUGUACUGACA